UUCCGGUUCGGUGCUUGGCGAUGAUGACGGUAGCGCGGCUCGUCCUCGGUCUCGUGCUGCUUCCAUGGGCCGCCUGCCUCCGCGAAGACCGCGUCGUGCGCAUGGACCUCAAGCGCGACCUGCCUCUCCGGCGGCGCCUUGACGCGGCCAACGCGACGACGACGGCGCCGUUUCUGAAGAACCAAGUCCCGCUGGGCGUGGGCGCCGGCACACACUACGCCGAGCUGUACAUGGGUCUACCGCCGCAGAAGGCCUCGGUGAUUGUCGACACGGGCAGCCACUUGACCGCGCUGCCCUGCGCCUCAUGCCCCAACUGCGGUACGCACACCGACCCGCCGUACGACAUUGCCAAGUCGUCCACCGCACGCUUCAUGCAGUGCGACGAAUUCGACGGCUGCUCGUCCUGCGAGCAAGACCACUGCCGCAUCUCGCAGAGCUACGCCGAAGGCAGUAUGUGGUCAGCGCUUUUGGUCAACGAGCUCUGCUGGGUCGGGCCGCUCGACGCGACUGGCGGCAGCAAUGCAACCACAACCAUGGCGGCCUCGGGCGUGCGGUUUCCGAUCGGAUGCCAGACCAAGGAGACAGGGCUCUUCAUUGGGCAGAAAGAGAAUGGGAUCAUGGGGCUCUCCCAGGACAACAACACGUUCAUGGCCUACCUCGUCUCGGCCAACCGCGUUGACCGUAACCUCUUCUCGCUCUGCUUUGCAGAGAACGGCGGGCAAAUGGUCCUCGGCGGCGCCGACGAAAGCGUCCACCUCGCAGCACCCGUGUUCACGCCGCUCCUCACCACCAGCGGCUGGUUCACGGUCGAGCUUCUCGACAUUAGCGUCGGCAACAAGUCGCUUGGCAUUGUGCCCGCGACGUACAACCAUGGCCGCGGUGUCAUUGUCGACAGCGGUACGACCGACUCGUUCUUCCCGAGCAGCGCCGCGGCCGCGUUCAACGCUGCGUUCAACGAGCUCUCGGGCGGACGCGACUUUCUGGACAACACCGAGGACAUUUAUACGGACGACGAGCUCGGGCAGCUGCCUCCGAUCGUCCUCACGCUCCGCGGGCCAACCCGGUCGUCCAUGAUCACGCUCCGCAUUCCAGCGUCGCAGUACUACACCAAGGUGAGCGAGGACGGGCACUACACGUCAAGCUUUCAUUUCUCCGAGCCGUCGGGCAGCGUCCUUGGCGCGAGCACGAUGCUCAACUACAAUGUCAUCUUUGACAUGGAAGCCCGGCGCGUCGGGUUUGCCCCCGCGCGCUGCGAUGCCAACAGCCGUGCGCUCUUGUUUGGGCCGAGUGUCGCAACCGGACCGCUGGUGCUGCCUCCGAUCAAGUCGCUUUGGUACCAGUACGAGACGCUCUUGACGGUGCUGGUCGCGUGCUCGUUCAUGGGGCUCGUGCUCCUCUGCUUUACGUUUCUCCUUCGCCGCAAGUGUGGCGCCAAGACGCGCUGGGUGCGCCUCUCGACCAACGACCACUCGCCGUCGCCGCGCGCGAUUGCCCUUAACGCAACGGAUGUGAGUCCAGAACUGUUUGAGUCGGGGGAUGGAAGCCCCAUGACGCCCCCGACGCCACCGUCGCCCCAGCGCCGCCUCUCGCGGUCGCCGGAUCUGCAUUCGAUUCCAGAAAGCGACUCGGAGUAG